CCCACACCCCCCCGCGUCGAGCCAUGUUGUAGGAAAUCCGCUUGCGGCGGAUUAUUGUAAUCCGACAGAGGGUCUGGACGACACAUCGGAUCACGACGAAAAAAAGCAAAGCCCAGCGGCCUGUAACAGAUGCAGCUCGUCCCAGAAUAAAGGGAUAAAGUUGGGAUAUGAUCUGCCGCCCUGCUCGCUGCUCCCGCAGACACUGAUCGGCGGUGCCCGGGCCGUUUCCUGGACCCAUCCGUCUGACACACUCUGACAGCGGCUUGGCAUCGCUGCACCGCGGAGCAGAGGGGAGAGGAAAAGCUUUAACUCGUCGGUUAAAGAGAUCUCCCCCCUUCUCCCUUCCCCCGUCAGGUUCAAGUCCAGCCCGGCUCGGCUCGGCUCGGUUGUCCUGUCUGCGGACCGAAGCGCUGCUGCCGCUCUCACUCAACUAGCUAGCGCGGCUAGCUAACCCCAGCUAGCUAGCUAGCUAGUCAGGAAUUUAUCAAGUUUAGUUCGGGAUUGAGUAAAUUUUCCGGCCCACAGCCCAACACCAGGAGGGAGGAUGUCGGCGAAAGACCAAAACAAACUCUCCACCAUCGAGCGACCUAUCAAAGCGGUGCCAUAUCCUCCCGGUACACGCCUGACGGUCAAAGACCUGUAUGUGGACGGGAGGCCCAGCGUGGAGCUGCUGAAGGCCCAUCUGGUGAAGGAGGGCCGCCUGGAGGAGGAGGCGGCUCUGCGGAUCAUCAACGAGGGAGCCAGCAUCCUCCGCCAGGAGAAGUGCAUGCUGGAAGUGGAGGCCCCCAUCACAGUGUGUGGAGACGUCCACGGCCAGUUCUUUGACCUGAUGAAGCUUUUCGAGGUGGGCGGGUCCCCCAGCAGCACCCGCUACCUGUUCCUCGGGGACUACGUGGACCGAGGUUACUUCAGCAUCGAGUGCGUCCUGUUCCUCUGGGCUCUGAAGAUCAACCACCCCAACACCCUCUUCCUCCUCAGAGGCAACCACGAGUGCCGGCAUCUCACAGAGUACUUCACCUUUAAACAGGAGUGUAAAAUAAAGUACUCGGAGCGCGUGUACGACGCCUGCAUGGAGGCGUUCGACUGCCUGCCUCUGGCCGCUCUCCUCAACCAGCAGUUCCUGUGUGUGCACGGAGGCCUGAGCCCUGAGGUCACCUGUCUGGAUGACAUACGGAAGCUGGACCGGUUUAAGGAGCCCCCUGCGUUCGGGCCGAUGUGUGACCUGCUGUGGUCGGACCCGGGGGAGGACUACGGUUCAGAAAAGACCCAGGAACACUUCUGCCACAACAGUGUCAGAGGCUGCUCUUAUUUCUACAGUUACCCAGCAGUAUGUGACUUCUUGAUGAACAAUAACCUGUUGUCUGUAAUACGAGCACAUGAAGCCCAGGACGCAGGGUAUCGAAUGUACAGGAAAAGUCAGACGACAGGCUUCCCCUCUUUAAUUACAAUCUUCUCGGCUCCUAACUACCUGGAUGUGUACAAUAACAAAGCGGCGGUGCUGAAAUAUGAGAAUAAUGUGAUGAACAUCCGGCAGUUUAACUGCUCCCCUCAUCCCUACUGGCUGCCCAACUUCAUGGACGUGUUCACCUGGUCUCUGCCCUUCGUCGGAGAGAAAGUGACGGAGAUGCUGGUGAACGUGUUGAACAUCUGCUCUGACGACGAGCUGAUGUCAGAGGGAGACGACACCUGUGAGGGCGGAGCUCCGGCCGUCAGAAAGGAGGUGAUCAGGAAUAAGAUCCGGGCGAUUGGGAAGAUGGCGCGUGUCUUCUCUGUGCUCAGAGAGGAGAAUGAGAGUGUGUUACAGCUGAAGGGCCUCACCCCCACAGGGACGCUGCCUCUGGGAGUUCUGUCCGGAGGUCGGCGAACUCUGCAAAGCGCCACCGUAGAGGCAGAAGAGGCACGAGCCAUUCAAGGCUUCAACCCUCAGCACAAGAUCCAGAGCUUCGAGGAGGCGCGAGGUCUGGACCGCAUCAACGAGAGGAUGCCCCCCCGCCGCGACAGCAAGCAGCAAGAGGCCGCCCCCUCCCUCAACAACCUGCCGGCCAGCACCGGACCCCCGGACAAGAACGGCACCAACGCGCAGGCUUAGGUCCUCCCCCCUCCUCUCCUUCCUCCCCUCACCUCCCCUCUUCCUCCUCCUCUUCCUCCCCUCCCCUUCCUUCCUUCCUCCUUCCCUCUCUCUCCUUUAAGAGCAGGAGACGAGGCAGUUCAGUCCGAGCGACUCUCACCGCGCUUAAUUUAUUUUAUCAUCUAUUAAAUAUCAUAGUUUAAGACUGAACAGGAUCAACUCUCAGCUGGUGGACUUCAAAUCCAUUUUCUAAUCAGGAGGCGGGUGUUCAGGACCACACCGUUUUCUUUUGGGGGAGGAAGUGACGCUCAUUGAAACGCUGUGUUCGUGCCCACACACACACACACACACACACACACACACACACACACAUAUAUAUAUAUAUACACACACAACAGAAGCAACAGAAUCAGAUCGCAUAAAGUCCAUCCUUUCUUAUGCCAAUGAUAGUGUGACUGAGCUCCCAGGAGCAAGUAUUGACAUUUAUAUUAUAUAUGUACAUUUUAAUUGUUCCCUCUUUUCAAUGUGAUGUUUGUUUUUUUUUUGUUUUUUGUUUUUUUUUACAGCACAUAGAUUUAGGCUUGAUUAUCCAGAGCGGGGGAGAAGGGGUGAGGGAGGGAGAGAGAGAGAGAGAGAGAGUGUUAAAGGAUUGUUCUGCUUCUUUACAACUCAGAUUUAAACUGGAGCUCCGCCUACCAGCUUCUCUCUGCAUGGUUAUGAUGCUGAGUCGUCGCUAUAGCAACUUGGCAGUAACCUGAUGAGCCGCACUUCCUGUUGUAAACAAACGUGACCUGCAGGGAGCUCGUCCUCACGCCUCAGCUGACUGUGACCGUCGACUUUAGAAACUCUGACGGGAACGAACGAUGCUCGUAAACGGCCGUUGAUCAGUUUCUUUAAAACAUCGUUUCUGCUUAAAGAUGAUUAAAAGAAUUAGACAAUAAUCAAUACAGCUGCUGAUUCUGACUGAUUGAUUAAUCGCUCCAGUUCUAAUUUGAAUAAUUCACUGAACUUUUCCUGCCGAAACGCUGCAGAAGCCGUUGUGUUGUUGUGUCAUUGAGAAGAUACACAACAUGAUCAGACAGUAAUUAUUCAGAAUUAGUGCGUGGUUCUAUCUCAGGCUCGUGUUUUAUUGUGAAGGUUGUUGUGUCGUCUGCAGCUGCUCGACUCACCGACACAAUGACGAGAAGCGUCCGUCUUUUCUCCCGCUCCACUAACGAUCUGGUCGACCAGCUGUUUUCAGACCCGCAGCGUUUAAUCCGGAUCAGCCACACUGAGCUUAAUGGCUCCUGUGGCCAGGUGCAUGCUGGGACGCAGAGUGAAACCACCGGCUGCGUCAGGUCUCAGAUCAGACCUGGAGGUGUAGAUGAUCAGGUCUCAGGUGUUUCCCCGGCGUCGCCGUCACAGAGAGAAACGAGUUGCACUAAAGCGGAAUGAUCCUUUAAUCAGACACAAAGAGAAUCAUGGGAAUCGGAGGCGGUGACUUGAGGUGUGUUUCAGGUGUGUGUCCGCAGUGAUGACGAGGACCUGGGCGGGGUUAAUUAAUUAUUUGUUUCUUUAUGUUUGGGGGCGGUGGGUGGGCGGAGUCUGGGCCUCGUUUCUGACUUCUGUUUGGUCUCAGAACAUAUCUCACAGAAUGUACAGAAACCGUUUAAAAUAAGAUUAAAUCUAGAUCUUUUUUUCUUUACAGCUAAAUUUGAAAAAAAAGAAAAAGCGAGAACUUUUUUUGUCGAGUACAUGUAUUGCGAGGCCUCUCAUUUAUGUAGAUGUUUCACUCCAUUCAAAUAAAAAACAGAAAAGUA